GCCUAGUGAAACACCAGCUUCGUCUACACCGAACCUAAUUGACCGGAGGGUUCUCCGUAUAAAACAAUCUCUCUCUCUCUCUGAUUUCAUUAUUUCAAAGAGAAAGCAAAGAGAGAGUGUUGGACUUUUUCCUUAGAAAGCUAAAAAUUCAGGUCCAAACAGCGCAAAUUCGACGAAAUCUGCAGGAGUUUCAGUUUGAGUAAGAAUGGGCGACCAUGUGGUUUUGUGUGUUGACCAUCCCGUUACGCCUGAAAGUUUGCAAUCGCUGCAAGGGGCUGAGGCAGCCCCGGGAUCUUCUGGAGAGGGUUCUGGCUCGCAUCCUGCUGAUCCACCCAAUUGUGCCAUUGACAUUGAGGGGGUUGGGGAACAUGGUGUGUCUGAAGAAGAACCACUGAUUCAGUCGGUGGAAUGUCGCAUUUGCCAGGAAGAAGAUAGCAUUAAGAAUUUGGAGAUCCCUUGUGCUUGCAGCGGUAGUUUGAAGUAUGCUCAUAGGAAAUGUGUUCAACGAUGGUGCAAUGAGAAGGGAGAUAUAACUUGUGAGAUAUGUCAUCAGCCUUAUCAACCUGGUUAUACUGCCCCACCUCCUCCACCUCACUCUGAUGAUACUGCAAUUGAUAUAAGGCAAGUUUGUACUCUGUCCCUACACUUAUGGGUCACUGUACAUGGACUUGUUUCUUACAUGCUCUUCUAUUCGAAACUUUAUUCUUUUUGUUUUGUGGAUUUGACUCACAGCGAGGGUUGGACAAUUUCUGGUGCCCCUUUGGAUUUGCAUGACCCUCGACUAUUGGCAAUGGCAGCGGCGGAACGACAUCUUUUGGAGGCUGAGUAUGAUGACUAUGCUAAUACUAGUGCUAGUGGAGCUGCAUUUUGUCGCUCUGCAGCUCUAAUUUUAAUGGCUCUUCUGCUGUUGAGGCAUGCUCUAUCCCUUACCAAUGCUGAUGGGGAAGAUGAUGCUUCCACUUUUUUCUCUCUUUUCUUACUUCGGGCUGCUGGUUUUCUUCUGCCAUGUUAUAUAAUGGCCUGGGCCAUCAGUAUAUUGCAGCGUCGAAGGCAAAGACAGGAAGCAGCAGCACUUGCAGCUACAGAAGUUGCUUUUAUGCUGCAGGCUGGACAGCGUCGGGGCUUGCAAUUCACCAUAGCACCAGGACCUGCAGUGAUUCCCCAUCAGGAACCACUUCAAUGAUAUGGUGUUCAUAAUGGUGGUAAGAUUCUGCAUUAGUGGAGCAGAAAAGUUGGAGCUGGAAAUGUGAGCACGUUGUUUAAAAUUUGCUGCUGGCAGUGAGAAAAUUGGAAGGCUGUUUUUUUUUUUUUUUUUUUUUUAAGUUGUAUCUUUAAUGGGGUCUUCUAUCAACCCCCCUCCGUUUUAUUUUCCCCUUAUUGAAUGUCCUCCUAUUUCUCUCAUUAUGUUUGUACAUAUAUCCCUGGGUCUUAACAGUUAUGCUGCUCGGGAAACUUGUUUAUCUUAUCAGAGCUGCUUUCACAGAUUAUUAUAUUUCCAACUAUCUUGAUAUUAGAA